CGCAGCCGGCGCGCGCUGUUUCCGGGAGUCGCCGCCGUAGUGUCCGCUGUUGCUGCCGCUGUGGCCGCUGGCCGCUUUCGCCGCGGAACUCUGCGAGUGGAACGGCUGAGACGGGCCCGGGUUAGGCCGGGGUUCCGGCCACUCGACAAGAAUGGAGAUAAUCAGGAGCAAUUUUAAGAGUAACCUUCACAAAGUGUACCAGGCCAUAGAGGAGGCCGACUUCUUCGCCAUCGAUGGGGAGUUCUCAGGUAUCAGCGAUGGACCCUCAGUCACUGCAUUAACAAAUGGUUUUGACACUCCAGAAGAAAGAUACCAGAAGCUUAAAAAGCAUUCCAUGGACUUUUUGCUGUUUCAGUUUGGCCUUUGCACUUUUAAGUAUGACCACACAGAUUCAAAGUAUAUAACGAAAUCAUUUAACUUCUAUGUUUUCCCGAAACCCUUCAGUAGAUCCUCACCAGAUGUCAAAUUUGUUUGUCAGAGCUCCAGCAUUGACUUUCUGGCAAGCCAAGGAUUCGACUUUAAUAAAGUUUUUCGCAAUGGAAUUCCAUAUUUAAACCAGGAAGAAGAAAGACAGUUAAGAGAGCAGUAUGAUGAGAAGCGCUCCCAGGCCAAUGGCGCAGGAGGCCUGGCCUAUGUGUCCCCCAACCCCUCCAAGCACCCCGUGACGAUUCCUGAGGAUCAGAAGAAGUUUAUUGACCAAGUGGUAGAGAAAAUAGAAGAUCUGUUACAAAGUGAAGAAAAUAAGAAUUUGGACUUAGAGCCAUGUACCGGGUUCCAAAGAAAAUUGAUUUAUCAAACCUUAAGCCAAAAAUACCCCAAAGGCAUUCAUGUUGAGACUUUGGAGACUGAGAAGAAGGAGCGGUAUUUAGUUAUCAGCAAACUAGAUGAAGAAGAACGCAAAAGAAGAGAGCAGCAGAAGCACGCUAAGGAGCAGGAAGAACUGAAUGACGCCGUGGGAUUUUCUAGAGUCAUUCAUGCCAUUGCAAAUUCAGGAAAGCUUGUGAUUGGACACAACAUGCUCUUGGAUGUCAUGCACACAGUUCAUCAGUUCUACUGCCCUCUGCCUGCGGACUUAAAUGAGUUUAAGGAGAUGACAACAUGUGUUUUUCCCAGACUUUUGGAUACGAAGUUGAUGGCCAGCACGCAACCCUUUAAGGAUAUCAUUAGCAACACAUCCCUUGCAGAAUUGGAGAAGCGGUUAAAGGAGACGCCUUUCAGCCCUCCUAAAGUUGAAAGUGCAGAAGGUUUCCCCAGUUAUGACACAGCUUCUGAGCAGCUGCAUGAGGCGGGCUAUGAUGCUUACAUCACAGGACUCUGCUUCAUCUCCAUGGCCAACUAUCUAGGUUCUUUUCUCAGCCCUCCAAAAGUUCAUGUGUCUGCCAGAUCAAAACUUGUAGCACCUUUUUUUAACAAGUUGUUUCUUAUGAGAGUCAUGGAUAUCCCCUACCUAAACUUAGAAGGACCAGACUUGCAGCCUAAACGGGAUCAUGUUCUGCACGUGACGUUCCCCAAAGAGUGGAAGACGAGCGACCUUUACCAGCUCUUCAGCGCCUUUGGUAACAUUCAGAUAUCCUGGAUUGAUGACACGUCAGCGUUUGUUUCCCUCAGCCAGCCUGAGCAGGUGCAGAUUGCUGUCAAUACCAGCAGAUAUGCAGAAAGCUAUCGGAUCCAGACCUAUGCUGAGUACGUGGGGAAGAAGCAGGAAGAGAAGCAGAUCAAAAGAAAAUGGACAGACAGCUGGAAGGAGGUGGAGAGGAGGCGGUUAAGCACGCAGAGUAUAGGCUCCACGCUGCAGGAUCACUGCUAUGGCGACCACAGUUUGACGGCCACCAGCACAGCAGGCAAAAGAAGCCUGAGCCCCCCUCCCGGAGAAGCAGGCCUGGAGGACAGAAGCCUGGUGGAAAUGUCUGACGCCGAGCAGGAGCAGUCGGAUUCCUGCGCAGAAUCCCUCCCAGAGAGCAGGAAAAAAGCCAAGAAAUUUAAAAGGAUGAAGAAAGAACUGUCUCCAGCAGGAGGAAGGAGUCUCCGUGAAGAGAUUUCUUGCAGCCAUUGUAGAUCGAAGUCACGGACCAGCCUGGGCCGUCACAUCAUCAAGUCAUUGCAUAGAGAUCCAAGGGAUCGCCGCUUCCGGGACUUGCGUUUCAAGGGCCUGUCACAUGUUCAGCAGACACCGUCCCCUGAAGUGGGGUUGUUUCCUGUUUUCAGGACAGUGCAGGAAGUGUCUUGGGCAGUCCUGCCAACCUCUUUGAAGUUCCUGACACGUGGUAACCAAAACCGAGGGAGAAGCCAGGCGCGGUGCUGUCACCGAGGAGCCAACGACACGUUUGGAAGCUCUGCUGUCCUGAUCCUGGAAAAUGGAGUAGGAGGGACUUCCAACCACAGGUGUCUCCUGAAGAUAACUGUUUUUAUUUUUGUGGCUGUGUUCCUUUUUCCCUUUUUAAUCUACACUAACUGUUGACACUCCUCACAGUUGUAAGCUGUCACAAAUGUAUAUUAACCAGUUAAUCACUUGGGACUCCCGUGAAACCUUGGCUGUCAUGAAUCCAUGUGUGUUCGCGAACCCGUCUGAGGGUGGUUGGCUGGGAGAUGUGGGAGGAGAGCUGAGAUCUGGGUUCUGCAGUGGAGGAUUUGGCAGGGGGACUCUUUUCUGCCUUGCAAGGCCCAUGGCAGCCAUUUCUCGACCUCCAGUUGGAGGAGUAGGGGCUAUAUGGUACACGGGUUCAGUCUCUCCCAGGGAAGCUGAGUGUCCCCGUUUCCACCGGUGCUGCCCGAGAAGGUGGUGCACUCCAGCUUGUUUCUCCAGGAAGGACAUGCCACCGCUGUCAGCCCCUGCAUAAGCCUCAUGCACGCCUUGGCCUUCGGGGCAGGUCUAGUCAGUGAUUCUUUCCUACAGAUAGAAUUUCUCAUGGGCAACGUAAAAAACUUCAUGUUUUUUCCAGUGACAUGUGUCCACUUCCCGGUGUUGUAGCCUGGUCAUCCUGUCUGUCUGUGUCUGGCUGGCUAAGGUGGUGUGCAUCUGUGUCCGUGCUCGUGCCCGUGCCAGUGUGUGAAACCAUGGCCAGGCUGCAGUGUGCAACAGCCGUGUCCCUGUGCGCACAGACCACAGCCAUGACAAGCCUGCGAGUCUGUGUCCGUAGACCUGCUUCCCACAGAUCAUCAUCAGCUAUUUAUCAUUUUUGUAUCAUGGAGAUAAAAUUGAAAAAAUGUAUUUCCAGAAGAUGAAAUUAAAGAAAUUUUCAUAGGA